AACUCAUUGCACGAAAUUCCCCUUAGAAUUGUUCCAUUCCAGUACGUUGGGAAUGUAGGAAAUUUCCUGCAAGUAUGAAACUGAAUAAUAAUAAUAAGGUUGUGGAUAAAGUCAGGUCAUCGUCAUAAUCGAACCGUCCCCACCACCGGUGCCACUGUCCUCUCUAUCUGUUUCCUUCUCUUAACUUCAUCUUCACUCCCUCUCCCUCUCUCUUUCUCUAUCUCAAAGUAAGUAAAUUCCCCUCUCUCUGGUUGUACCUUAAAUAUUCAAACGCUUUUAAAAGCAGCAACUACCACAUGAUAUAUGCCUAUGCUCACAAGCAUCUCAAUCUCUUUCACUUUGAGUGAUAUUUACAACCUUUCCUCUACAAUUCAUCUCCAGUCUAAUAUAUUACACGGGUGUUGCUCUGUUUCUCACUUGCUAAUUGCUUAGCCAGUCAAUAACAGAUUGCCCAGAUUGAUCAAUGGAGAAGUCAUUGAUUCACAAAUCAAUGAAGCUGAGGCAGAGGAGUGUUCAGAGGCUGAGCUGCUCUGUUCAGAACUAUGACUGGGGGAAGAAAGGCCCGGACUCUGAGGUGGCCAGGCUCUAUGCCGCCAAUUCUGGCUCUGAAAUUGACCCGGAAAAGCCUUAUGCUGAGUUAUGGAUGGGAACCCAUGAUUCUGGACCCUCAUUCUUGAUUCAUCAGGAUCUCAAUGGCAUGUCUAUGUCCCUCAAGGACUGGGUUUCAGCCAACUCAAAUGAGCUGCUUGGUCAUAAAGUCGUCCAAAAGUGGGGCUCUGACCUCCCAUUCUUGUUUAAGGUGCUUUCUGUGAGAAAGGCAUUGUCGAUACAGGCACAUCCGGAUAAGGACUUGGCCAAGGUUUUGCACAAGUUUAUGCCAUGUGCUUACAAGGACGAUAAUCACAAGCCUGAGAUGGCACUUGCUAUAACACAUUUUCAGGCUCUUUGUGGCUUUAUCACUCUCGAGGAGCUUAAGGGUGUGCUUGAUAAUGUCCCUGAGAUUGUACAAGUGGUUGGUAGUGAAGUAGCAAACCAAGUGUUUGACACCACAAAUGCAGAUGGGGAAGAUAAAGUCAAGUCUGUUCUGCGUUUGAUUUUUACCCAACUCAUGUCAGCAACCAAAGAGAUUGUAACUACAGCAACAACUAAACUGAAAAAUCGUUUACACAUGGAAAAUCAGGUGAGGCAGUUGACAGAAGAAGAGCAACUGGUUCUGGAAUUGGAAAGGCAAUAUCCAGAUGAUGUGGGUGUCAUGUCUGCUUUCUUUCUCAACUAUGUCAAGCUUAAUCCAGGAGAAGCACUAUACCUCGGAGCAAAUGAACCCCAUGCCUAUUUGUUCGGUGACUGCAUCGAGUGCAUGGCAACUUCUGACAAUGUGGUCAGGGCCGGCCUCACUCCCAAGCAUCGGGAUGUGAAAACCCUUUGUUCUAUGCUCACAUACAAGCAGGGAUGCCCUGAAAUCCUGAAAGGAGUUGCCUUAAAUUCUUAUGUGACAAGGUACCUCCCACCUUUUGACGAAUUUGAGGUUGAUCGAUGCCAUCUUCCCCAGGGAGAAUCAGUGGAAUUUCCUGCAGUCCAAGGUCCUUCCAUUUUCGUCGUCACUUUUGGGGAGGGAAUCAUAUUUACAAGCAAUUUUACAGGAGAUAUAAAUAUCACACAAGGAGAGGUUCUUUUCGUGCCUGCGGAUACUGAGAUUAGCAUAACAAGUGCAUCUGAGUUGCACAUAUAUAGAGCCGGAGUGAACAGCAUGUUCUUUCAAGUCCCAUAAAUUCAAUUCCAGAAUCCAGCGUGGCAGCGUCACAUUUUAGCAUUUUGGGAAGGCAAACAAGUUGCUGAUUUAGCAUCUUUGAUAGUAAUAUGGAAUACUAUUAGCACUGUCAUCUUGCAACGUAUCUAGAAUAAGUACUAUACAAAUAAGAAUUGAUCGAUCUAAACUGUUGGUCAAGAAUGUAAUGUUCUUCAGGAGAGCCAUACAUUAAUUUAAACUCAAACAGAAAGUUCUCACAUCAAA